AUGGCAGCAUCAUCAGUGAGAAGACAUGAGGAAUUUUUAAAUCGUUUUGGUUAUAUAAAAACAAAUGAUUCAUCAUUAGAUAUAUCAUCAUCAGCUGUUCGAGCAUUUCAACGUUUUGUUGGUCUCAAUCAAACAGGUAUCAUUGAUGAAUUAACAUGGCAAAAAAUGCGUGAACCACGUUGUGGUAAUAAAGAUCUUCGACGUAUUCAAAGAAGAAAACGUUAUAUUCUUCAAGGAAGUCGUUGGCCAUCUAAUGAACCAUUAACAUUUCGUAUAGUUAAAUAUCCAACAACAUUUCCUCAACAAUUUGUUGAUGCUGAAUUAACAAAAGCUUUAAAGUUAUGGAGUAGUGCAUCAAGUCUUGAAUUUGAACAUCGAAAAUUAAAAAAAUACGAUGAACAAAAAUCUAAUAAUUUAGAUCCUAAAACAGAUAUUAGAAUAUCAUUUGAAAUAGGUGAUCAUGGUGAUACAGAACCAUUUGAUGGACCUGGUAAUGUACUUGGUCAUGCAUUUUUUCCUCAAUAUGGUGGAGAUGCUCAUUUUGAUAAUGAUGAAUAUUGGACACUGAAAAGUACAGAUGGUGUCAAUCUUUUUCAAGUUGCUGCACACGAAUUUGGACAUUCAUUAGGAUUAGAACAUUCAAAUAAACCAGACGCUAUUAUGGCUCCCUUUUUCAAAGGUUAUACACCAAAUUUUACUUUACAAGAAGAUGAUAUUCGAGCUAUUCAAGCAUUAUAUGGAGGAAAACCAUCAAAAUCAUUUUCUUCACCAUUAUCAAAUAGUAUUGAAACUUAUCAAGCUGUAUCAAAACAAAUGGCUCCAUCCGUUAAAUCAUCAAACAAAAAUUCUGCUCUAUGUCUUGAUCCUCAAUUUGAUGCUAUUAUAACAAUCGAUGAUGAUACAUAUAUAUUUAAAGGCAUAUAA